UGACGACUGUUGUAUUUAAACAUUACAAGGCAACGAAGUUUACAAUAUUCUCUUUGUUUGGACUGUUCACCAUGAAGGCUCACUUAGAACAAAGACAGGACGAAAGUGUUUCCCAAGGGCAGGAAAUAUCAUUUAGAAAUAUUCUUGAGGAAGGUUUUGACGCUUAGCUGUAGAGAUAAAAAUUAAUACAUUUAAGAGUCGUCGGAAAACUUAGGGGACAGGCAGAAUCCAAAAUGGCUGAAACAGGUAGUCGGUUUCAGAAAUCAUCGCAAUGAUUUCACUAUCCAGUACACCAACUCUCUGUGGUGUUUGUCAACGAUAACCGAACAGGAAUCUACACUGAACAUUUGUUGUUAAUAUCCAUGGAUGUGUUGGACGAAAAUGAAGCACUUCAACGAUUUUUUGCCAUCGAGUCUCCAGAAGAGCUAGACUUUGACCAAUUAGAGCAGUUCAUCACUGAAGACGAGCAGGACUUGAACCUGCCGGAUUCGCCCCCAGAUUCAGAGCCCUACUCCCCCCCAAUACCCACAUCCCAAUCCCUGAUGGGCUCCCCGGGCGUGACCAGCCCCCUUCUCAACUGCCCCUCAGUCCAGCACUGCCAAUCAACCGCUGGGAGUGGGCUCCAGCAAGGGGCUGAGCUGCCGGUAGUCGGGACCAACAGCCCCCUGGAGCCGGUGGACAUCCAGGACCAGAUGGUGCAGCUGAGCGAGUACCUGAACAGCGGAGCGGGUGCGGCCAUGCUAGAUCUGGCCAGCAUCCCUUCCAUGCAGCCGCAGCCGGGCCUCCUGCAAGGUGACUCCAACCUCCUCGGGGUGCUGCAGGGUGCAGGAGGGGUGCACCCGCCUGCGCCUCAGGAGGGGGGCUUGGGAGGAGUGGCUGGGGGGGUGGAGGGCGGUAUACUACCCACCGCGACGGGAUCCAGCGAUCAGCAGGCUGGUGUACAAAUGGGGAACCUCCCUCAGACAGAGUUAUCAAGACGGGACAGCAUAUUGACCCAUCAGUCCAAGAAACGCAAACACUCACUGACACCCGAGAACAGCAUCAGGAGAAACUCUGAGACGCCCUUGCAAAUACAGAUCAAGCAAGAACCUGGUACUGAACCCUGCGAGGGUGACCUGGGAGUUGAUAAUUCCAUUUUCAUGGACCAAGAGUUUGAAUAUGCAGCAGGGGAUGGCAUGGCCUAUACGGACACGCCCUACCAGUUCAUCAAGUGGCUUCCAUAUCAGAACAACAAGUGGAACACUCUGGUGGACGCCGCUGGCCAGGAAUUACCACCACCCACGUACCGUGUGGAAGCGGACAAGGGCUUCAAUUUCUCCAUUGUGGAUGACGCAUUCGUUUGCCAGAAGAAAAAUCACUUCCAGGUCACCUGCCAUAUCGGCAUAAACGGCCCUGCCAAGUACGUCAAGACGGAGAACGGCCUGAAAGCGGUAGACAGCUACCAGAUCCACCUGCAUGGCAUCAAGGUGGAGGCCCUCAAUUCCUACAUCCGCAUUGAGCAGUCCCAGGCCAACCGCAGCAAGAGGCCAUUCCAACCUGUCAGAAUUGACGUGCGGCCAGACCAGAUCACCAAGGUGACUAUCGGCCGGCUUCACUACAGCGAGACGACGUCCAACAACAUGCGCAAGAAGGGCAAGCCCAACCCAGACCAACGCUUCUUCAUGUUGGUGGUGGCCCUGCACGCUCACAGCGGUGACCAGAGUCACCUCUUGGCCGCUCAUGUCUCGGAGCGAAUCAUUGUCAGGGCCUCCAAUCCUGGACAAUUUGAGAAUGAUGUGGAUGUCGCAUGGCAGAAGGGGCAGACACAGGACUCCAUAUAUCACAUGGGCCGUAUUGGCAUCUACACAGACAGACCAGACGAGGCUUUAGUUGUCCAUGGCAACAUACGAGUCACAGGUCACGUGGUGCAGCCUUCUGAUGCAAGGGCAAAAGAGAACAUUGAGGAGGUUGACCCCAAGGAGCAACUGAAGAACAUCGGCAAGGUGCGCAUUGUGCGGUACAAUUACGUCCCAGAGUUUGCCGAGCAGGCGGGCCUGCCGGAGUGUGACCAGGUGGAGACGGGUGUCAUCGCCCAGGAGGUGCAGGACGUCAUUCCGGACGCCGUCACCGAGACAGGUGAUGUCUACCUCCCCAAUGGCAGCAGCAUCGACAACUUCCUGACGGUCAACAAGGACCGCAUCUACAUGGAGAACGUGGGGGCGGUCAAGGAGCUGUGCCGGCUGACUGACAACCUGGAGACCCGCAUUGACGAGCUAGAGAAGAUGAACCGUCGUCUGGCCAAGCUGAAGCGGCUGGACAGCCUGAAGUCCACCUCUAGCGGCGGCACAUUCAGUCGCUCGGGCAGCAAUCGUUCCGGCGUGGGCUACAGCAAAGGCCAGCGCAAGGACACCCGGGGGGACAGCUGCAAACGCCGAGCACAGGAAGAGGAUGCCUGCCUGACGCAGCGAACCAUGCGCAUCAUCAUUGUCAUCCUCGUCUUCAUCAUGCUCUUCUGCAUUGGUUCCAUGGUUGCACUUUAUCUACUUCAGUUGGGGGAAACUGGAAGCGCCACUGCCACAGACCCUUCCCUGUCAUCUGGCGCUCCUGCUGGACAGAACAGAACAGCGCAGGACGGUGUCAUACUGUCCGAUUCCAAGCCUUCGGAAUCCUCCGAAGAGGGCCCUGUUGAUGACACGUCUCUUGAAUCCCAGGGGCAUGAUGAUGAUUGUAGCGCCCCCAGCUGUCCACAGUUGUACUGCUGCAACUUCCCAUCACCCCUGGAACGGUCUGAAUAUGGACUUUCUGAAUAUUGUGAGCAAGGCGGCAAAUACAACUACAAUAUAUCUGUUCCUGCCUACGUUCCCAUGAAGAAAUUCACACUUGAGAUCAAUACAACCGUCAGCUCUUGCGUGUGGCUCUGCAGGCCCACCCUCAUCGCGAAGUGUCUCGAGUCAGGGCACGCGGUUUCUCCCCAAAACACCAGCUACUCAGAGGGCACAAAUCACCGAUUCAGCCUUCCCAUCGGCUACUUUGUCAAUUCCACCUUUCCUUUCUUGGUCACAUCCAUGCAAGGGGUCAUCAACUGUGACUCGAGAGGGCAUGGCGUGGGCAUUGACUUCUUUGAGUACAACUUCCACUUUGCCCGGAACCUCACCAUGUGUCCUCGGACAUAGAGGUCAAAGGUCAUUGAGAGACAGGUCAAUAUAGAUGCUGGUGGGUGUGGCUACCAUCUUGGUAUGGUUAAGUAAAAAGUAAAUGGUGCAGUUAUACUCUAGGCAGAGCACCACUGAAGACUUUUACCUGCUUUCACUGGUUCCCUGCAGUGGAUUUUUUGUGAUACGCGUAGGAGAGUUUUGCUACCAGUCAUGUUUAGCACUGGUUCACAUUCACUGCCAUUUGUGCUGGGCUGCAUUGGCAGAAUACCAGUUACGCCACAGUAAAGGUUGUACUUACAUGCACCUUGGUGAACUUAUGAAAAAUAUGCAGUUUUUGAUAGUUCGAGUGCCUUGUUGCGAGUGAAUAUUUGUAAAUAUAUGUUAAUACAUAGAUGAAAUAUGUAGAGAUAAAAUUGAUAUUUUAAAUUGAUUUUAGUUAGUGGAGGAUUUAUGCCAAUAUUUCUGACAGUUUGCUAUGUUUUUCUGGAUCGUAAACUUUUUGUGACAUCCUGGAGAAUAAAACUUGUAAGGACAAAGCAGGAGCUAUAAAUGCUCCGUUGAGUUGGCCUUGCUCGUUUGUAAGUUACGCUUUGGGGGGGGGUGUUUGGCCAUUACAUUCUGUGGUAUGUUGGUCUUGCUUCCGGUCAGAUGGUAAAAAAACAGUUUUGUAAAUUUACUGCCGCAAAAAUGUCGGAAAGAUGAAAACUAUCACUUGUCGGUGUCAUCUGAUGCAGCCUUGCCAAGAUUCUGUUGUUAAUUGGGUGUCUCAUGGGGAACUGUUUGUUUGCUGCUGCAUAGAUGAAUUAAAUUGUCUGAAAUAAUUGUUCAGGGCAAAAUGAACCACCCUCACGAUUUGCCGGCUCUUUUUUUUUAACAUUGAUGAGGCUGGUGGCAGAUGCGCACGUUGCCGAUCUCUGUUCCUCGAAAGCUUGGAAUACCCAACAUUCACCAAGAGAUUACAGACUGGAAAAGUGUGAUAUUACAUUUUCAUUUUCUCGUCAGAAUUACAUGUAUUAGCAAAACCUAAGUCAAGUUUUCUGAUCACGUAAGGUAAAAAAAAAGGUACACAUCGUCGGUUACAUCAUGAUUGAUGUAUCGUGGAUAGUUGGUACACCUCAAAUCGUGUCGUGUGUAAAAAGUCACUUUGUGGUGCACCAAACGUAUCGUGCACAUCACUUUGUGGUGAAACCGUCAACAUAAUUAUGGUGUAAUCAUUUUAUCAAGAAAGUGAACAGAUUUUUGGCAACUUAAGUGGUGUUGGACCUGCUUUUCUUUUGUAUAUAAAGAUUGAUAAUUUUAUCAGGAAACAAACAUCAGGAUAACCGUUUUUACAGUAAAUUAGCAUUUCUAUAUCUUGUAGCAUCGCUGAUCUGAAGUUUGUAACUAGAAAAUUAAUGUGAUAUUUUGUAAGCUACGUAUGAAUGGGGUCAAUCUCAGAGGGAUGAAAUUCUGACCUUAAAAAAUGACCUCUUCCCGCCCGUCUUGUGUCUCAGUCGGGCACCAAGACCAGUCUAGACAUCCACGAUUGGACCCAAUUUAGAAUUCUCGGUCGGGGUGAGUAAAGCGAUACCCUUCUGCAACAAUUUUUUGUGUGAUUCUGUGAGAGUAGACUGAAUUUGUUACAGAGGGGGCGGUGCCGACCAAAAGAGGUGGGGCUCUUGAAAUUGACAACUUUGAACUAUGGAUUAUCACCGACGACAAGAAUGGUCCCCGCUGCUUCAUUACACGUACUGUGUCUCUUAUUGUUUAAAAUGUCUUAAUACCAAACCCACUCGUCUUCUGUUUAAUAACAGGUAGUAAAUGUAUUUUCUGUCAUAAAUAUUAGACUCAGUGGAGAAAAUGGAACAAAUAUUUCCCACUGUGGCUACAUAUACUAAUAUACUCCCUAGUAGAUUUCCAAAACCACAUCUGUUUUCCCUCUUUUGUAAUAAAUAAAUAACUGGUAUUUUACUAUAUUUCAAUCGUCAAUAUUUUACAUUCACAUUUUUAUGACAAGCUUGUAAAUAGUAGCCUUUAUGUAUAUUCCCAUCUACAGGAUCAAUGUUACACUUUUUUCAAACAUGAUUUGUAUGCUACAUUCAUGUCACGAAACUCUUGAUACCAGGAAAUUCGUGAUACGGAAAUAUGCAGCACGGCAAUAAAUGAAAUUUUAAUUCCAGGGUGUUAUUGAUAAAAGUUGUAUCCAAUUUGCCAAGGAGAAACUUUUCGAAGUUUCCUUUUUCUUGUUCCGAUAUUUUAAGUGUACUGUACUUUUGAUCAAGUUGUGACUACGUGUACCAGGGGUGGCACUGACCCUUUCCAGUGAUUUUCAGCCGGUAGGUAGUUGGCGUUCCCUUCGAGCCACACCCUAAGAUUUGUUUGGACCAACCCCGAUGAGCGAGUUCGGUAUUCCAAUAGCGCAUGCCCACAUUGACGCGCGCGUGAGUUCUGCCCUAUCUGGUUCGUAAGUGAUUUCGUUACAGAGGCGGACGCGCCCCGAUUUGUAUGUUAGACGAUCGCUCAAGUUGUGCGUUAACUUCCGGUCCAUGUUAACGGCGAUCAAUGCAUGUAACUGUGCCCAGUGCAUGUGCAAUGGGCGUGGUUUAAACUGAAGUCACGCUUACAAACCGGAUCCGAUUUGUAAGUGACUUCGUCACAAUGGCGGACGCGCCACGACUUACAAGCUCUCAUUUGACAAUCGCUGAAGUUGCGCGUUAACUUCCGGUUCCAUGGUUCCACGUUAAUGGCGAUCAUUGCAUGUAACUGUAUGUGCAGUGCAUGUGCAAUGGGCGUGGUUUAAACCGAAGUGACGUCACACUUACGAAACGGAUAGAAUACCGAAGUGAAUCCGUAACGCACACAAUGUACCGUGUAAAAGGCAUUACGGCGAGAACCAGCACGUGAACCAACCCGCGCGCGUACUCCAUUCGGUUGCACUGUACUUUCUGGUUCACAGUGACGUCACACUUCGGUACUCUUUGAACGGGCGGACCUACGAGGACGUACUCGCGCGCACGCUGUACUUAAUAAUGCCCUCGGUCUAGUAAUGACCUUGCAGUUUUGAAAAUCGAUCUGAGUCAUUCUGAAUAGCCAACCAAAACGUGUUACAAAGUCUGACGUGCGUGCAUUUAAAACGGCAUUUCCCCUUGACGCGUGCGCUUGAGGAAUGUGGCACAAGGCGUCCAUGCACGGUGUAUGUUGCAGCCCGGCCCUGUGCCGUGUAUAGUGCUCCAGCCCUCCUAUGCGUGGGCGGGAGGAAGCUUUGAGUUUCAUUUUUACUAGAAGUCAACUUUCUGGAUUCAACUUUUUUUCAGUUUAACUAAUAUCGUAAGUUAUAUCCAUCGCCCUUUAUUACGCGAUUAAAAAUAUCAAAUGCGAACUUAGCACAAAUUUGGUUGCCAAGUAAGUUGGCAAGCUGGAAUUAAAUUAGCAAAUUUUCUUUGUAAGUUGUGUAUUGUAAAUUCCUCACGUAUGCUAACUUUACCUUUGGCGUUCGAUUUUGAAUGGAUGUGUAAACAGUCACAUGGUGUUCAGUGAGCCAGUUCGAUAAUCCAACUGCGCAUGCUCUGAAUGAAGCAUGUCUGAGGUCAUUCUGGAACAGAGAUACCCCGAGCAAGGACAGUGCCCUAUCAGCGCGCCCAUACCCCGACUAUGCUGUGUUCUAAGAUGACCUUGGUCUUUUUAACAUAUCGAACUGCCUCGUUGGUGACGGAAUCAAUGUUGUGAUUUUUUUUUUAAUUUUUCAAAUGCAAGUUUGAAUUCACUGCUCAAUUUGUAUCAUAUGAGAUUUCAGGCAUAGAUUAUAUUUUAAGAUUAAAACCUGUAAAAGAAGAAAUUGA